CCCUCGCCGAGCAUGUCCGAGCCCACCGCCCAGACGGCGGAUAAGGAGUCCCGAAGCCCGGCGGCCCAGCUGCUUUUGGGGCUGCGUUGGGGCCUCCUGGAGGAGCCCCUCGGAUUCAUUAAGGUGCUGCAGUGGCUGUUUGCCAUUUUUGCCUUUGGAACUUGUGGUUCUUUCAGUGCAGAAACAGGGGCUACUGUGAAAUGCAAUGCAGAUCCUAAAGAGAUGACCGCUAUCACUGUACAAUUCGGAUAUCCCUUCAGGUUGUACAAAGUUCCAUUUGACAUGCCAGUCUGUGAUCCGGAUUCUACUGAAAAAAGGACACUGCAUCUCAUGGGAGACUUUUCAGCACCUGCUGAGUUCUUUGUAACCUUGGGUGUCUUCUGUUUCCUGUAUACCAUGGCAGCUCUUGCUGUCUAUCUGCGAUUUCACUCUCUCUACAAAGAGAAUAAGAGACUUCCUUUUGCGGACUUCUGUGUGACCGUCUCAUUUACCUUUUUCUGGCUUGUGGCAUUUUCAGCUUGGGGCAAGGGCCUGUCAGAUGUAAAAGGGGCCACUCGGCCCUCCAGCCUCAUUGCUGCUAUGUCUGUGUGUCAGCUCAAAACCGCUGUUUGCAACGCAGGGGCUACACCAUCUAUGGGACUGGCCAACAUCUCUGUGCUGUUUGGUUUUGUCAACUUUAUACUGUGGGCUGGAAACUGCUGGUUUGUCUUUAAAGAGACCCCUUGGCAUGCACAGACCACCAACAAGGAAAGCUCUGCUGAACAAGGAGCGGUUGAUAAGCAAUAAGGAACCUACCCCCUUGCUUCUGAAGCCUACUUUUCCCCACCAAGAACAGACAGUGCCUUCUCUUAAAUACAUAUUCAUCUCUUUUCACAGCAGUGUGGGAAAUGUGCCUACUUCACCCGUCUUUGCUGCUGUCCAGUAGUCAUGCAGGCCUCCCUCCAUGACUGUUAUGGGAUGCCUUCCUCUGACUCAAAUUGGAAGCCUUCUUGUGGUCCUAGACUGUACAUGGUUGCAACAAAACUUUUGUUUCAUCUAGGUUUCAUUUUUUAUAAAUGUAUGUUAUUGUACAUUGUAACUUUGGCCAUCAGUCCUAGGCUGUCUAGCAUUUGUUUCUUCAUAGCUGGUUUUGUUCAGUUUGAAGAAAACUAGCUAAGCAGGGUGGGUAAGGGUCAUAGGGAGAGCUGAGACACCAGUGCUUCAAAACCUGGAUCAUUUGGGUUCAUUCAAGAGCAAGCACUCCAUUGACUUGGCAGCCAUAAUGAAAACAAAAACAAUAUGCCACUUGACUUAGCAGCAAAAGAAGGGAGA